UGCAGACUGCUUCUACAAACAUUUGUGAAAGAAUGGGUCAUUCUCAGGAGCUCAUUAAAUUCAAGCAUGGUACCGUGAUAGGUUGCCACCUGUGCAAUAAGUCCAUCCGUGAAAUCUCCUUGCUACUAAUUAUUCCACGUUCAACUGUUAGUGGUAUUAUAACAAAGUGGAAGCAAAUGGGGACAACAGCAACUCAGUCACAAAGUGAGUGGGUUCAGCACAUGCUAAAGCGCACAGUGCACAGAAGUCGCCAACUGUCUGCAGAAUCAAUAGCUAAAGACCUCGAAACUUUAUGUGGCCUUCAGAUUAACACAACAGUGCAUAGAGAGCUUCAUGGAAUGGGUAUCCAUGGC